AUGUCAAGUACACCAACAACAACAACUCAUAAAGUACUACACAAUGGUGUUGAAGUCAAUGGAUGGUUGGUGACCACUUCAAAGAAACCAAUACUAAACUCUACGGACAAAGAGAGUUGGGAGCGUGACUUGAAGAUGAAUGGUGUACCCGAGAUGAUCUUUGGUAACAACUAUGUCAGUGUGGCAAAGAAGGACGGUUCAAUUGCCAUCACAUUCAAUGCACACGAUGCCCUAUCUCUAUGCGCAAAGACAGCCGAUCAAACAAUCAAAGUGGCAGCUGCAUCCAAAUGGCAGGCAGUCAACAAGAUGCACACCAACGGUGGUGCCACUGUCGAGAAGUCAUUCGAAUGGACCUUCACUACACCCUACACUGGCACUCUACUGAAAGACGGUCAUGUCUACUUCCACCAAGCUGAGAGACCACCUACUAUAUUCGAACCAACAACAGAACAGAUAGAUAUAGAGAAGCUCAAGAGAUUAGAUCCAAUACUAUUCUAUGAUGAUGUAUCGAUUUAUGAAGAUGAGCUGGCGGACAAUGGUAUAUCAAUGCUCAAUGUCAAGGUGAGAGCAAUGACAACAGGUAUCUUUGUACUUCAGCGAUUCUUCUUGAGAGUGGAUGAUGUGUUGAUUCGAUGCAUAGACACACGUCUCUAUCAUGAGUUUGAACAUAGUGGCUACUGUCUGUUGGAGACCACUGUCAAGGAGGCCAGCUACGAUCAUCUAAGACCAUUGUUUGACAAGGACCCGACAUCAAUCACAAACGUCAACCUCAUUGUUCAACAAUUGCCAACAAAGUCGACAAGACAUGAGAAGAUUAUCUUGUAA